AUGAAUGUGGCCACCGGAAUGCCGGAAAUUGUUCAACUUCAGGAGGUCAUCGAUUCGAUGGAUGAUGGUGGCCGGCGGCCAGAAGCUGCACCACCGCCUCCACCACCACCACCACCACCGACACCACCACGAGCACAGCCACAACAACCACCGCAGGCCGGACAGAAUAAUGCAAAUAAUAACCCAAACAACACUAAUAACAAUAAUAAUAUCAAUCGGAAUAAUCGUGGCAAUGGGCAAAAUGGAAAUCAAUUCGGGACCGUUCGGGAUCGAUUAUUCUACGCGAUGCUCGUGAGAAUUGCGAUUCGCUAUAAUUCGAGGUUCAACUUGAACGUUCGCCGAGCAAUUGAAGCGUUCUCAUUAUGUGUGUCUCUCCUUCUCCUCAGUGCCUUACUAUUCAUUCAUUUGCGAUUCACACGUACCACAUCGACAUGUUUGAGCGCAAUCAAACCAAAUUGGAUUCGCGAAGGUGUGAUUCGGGUCGAAGUCGUCCACAAUUUGCAUAUGCUCGAGAAGCAAGAGGACUUCGUGAAAACCUAUGUGAAUAGACAAUCGCGAAAGUUCUGCUAUUUCAAUCCGGCCGACGUUUUUCGCCAAGGGCCCGUUUUUCACGAUAUUCGACGAACCAUCGCCGAGAGGGAUCUCAAGGCUGUCGAGCAAGUCAACGAUAAGAGUGCGUCCGAUAAGGGUCGCGGGCAUUCGAUGUGGUUCUUUCGAUCGCCAUUUGACUACUUCCACGUCCCAGCAUCUUCAUCAAGAAAAGAUUUGAUGGAGACCGUUGAGAAUCCGUAUGAGCGAGAAGCGUUGACCGCCUGGGAUCAGCACUUCAAGAGGCACCACCCAAAUGAAAAUGAGGAUUAUCGAUAUUUGUAUCGAGUUGAGUAUGCCUACCUGUAUGGAGUUUUGAGAUUGCCGCCGGCCUAUCGGGAUAAGCAUGGAAUUCGAACGUACUGGAUCAGGAUCGAUUCGAAGAAUGAGUGCUUCGGCGACGGCAUCACACGCUAUUUGAUGCAGACGAUCGGCUAUGAGGACGCGAUCGUUUCGAGCCUUCGCGCCCAAGCGCUCAAUUUUUCGAUAAACGGCGACACGAACAGUAUGGGCUAUUUGCACGAUCUCGACACUCAUGAGCAUUAUCAUUUUGUUGCCAACGUGCUCGGCAAAUCGAGCUACUUCACCGCCGCCAUUCUCAUGUUUGUAUUUACGUUUGCCAUUUCGAUGCUUUUGCGAUUCUCGCACCAUCAGAUAUUCAUGUUCAUUAUCGAUUUGUUGCACAUGUUCGAGCUUCAGCAGCCGCUUCAUUUCCCGGUCGCCCCAAUAUUCACGGUGAUACUCGCGUUGGUCGGAAUGGAGGCGAUCAUGUCGGAAGUGUUCAAUGACACCACCACCGCCUUUUAUGUGAUUCUCAUCGUCUGGAUCGCUGAUCAGUUUGACGCGAUUUGUUGUCAUUCGCCGAUUUCGAAACGAAUGUGGCUCAGAUUCUUCUACAUUUAUCAAUACUUCUUCUAUGCCUAUCAAUAUCGAUUCGGAGGACAGUAUGGAAAUUUGGCGUUGUGGACGUCGGCUUCUUUUAUAUUGCACUCGAUGAUCUACUUCUUCCAUCAUUUCGAAAUGCCGCUCAUUCUCUAUCAGGAUCGGGUGCAGCAAGUGCUCGCCGACAUCGAUGCGCCUCGGAACGCGAUGGGUACGGUGGAAGUGCAAACGAUUACGGUGGCUGUGCAUUCUCGACAGAAUCCGCAAGAGGCGCAAACGCCACCCCCACCGCCGCCAACACGACAACCACCAAUGGCGCAACCGCGUGUGAUUCCCGAAGCGUCUCAACAACGCCAAGGACCACUUCCGCCGGGACGCCAUAUCACCGUGUUGAAUCAGGACGUUGACGCGAUAAUUGAAUCAAUACCCAUUGAGGAUUAUGAUGAGGAGCGUAAUGAAAUUUUGCGUCGACAGCAGAUGAGCCCGUCGAGUGUUUUCGAUGCACGCGGACCAGUCUCGCCGCCGCAAAUUCCAGCCGAGCCAGCGCCGACAGAAGAAAGACGAGGGCUAACGCUUGUCGAAGAGGUGAUCGCGCAGCGAAUCAUUGAUCAAACAUUGGACGAGCUUUUCAAUUCGUCGGAAUAA